CCGCACACACACACACACAUCGCUCUGCAGUUUCAACCUCACCUCACCACCCAAGCGUCGCUCGAUCGAUCGUGCCAUCCAUGGCGCCGCCGAUGAUGGCGACGGCAGCAAGGCCUCGCGACGACCAGCCGCGGCGGCGGCAGGCUCUGCUCCUCGCCGCCUCCGCCCUCCUCUUCCUCCUCUGCGGCGGCGGCGCUCCUGGCGCUGGCGGCGUCGUCGUGGCGGUCGCGGCGACGGCGUCGGCGACGGCGACGCCGGGGCUGGUGUUCCACGUCGGCGGGCCGCGCGGGUGGCGCGUCCCGGACGCCAACACCAGCUACACCUGGUGGGCGAUGAACAACCGCUUCCACGUCGGCGACUCGCUCUACUUCAGGUACGGCGGCGGCGACUCGGUGCUCGUCGUCGACCGGGAGGCGUUCGACGGCUGCAACGCGACGGAGCCGGUGGCCAGGUUCGCCGGCGGCGCCACCACCGUGCCGCUCGGCCGCCCGGGCUUCUUCUGCUUCAUCAGCGGCGCGCCGGGGCACUGCGACGGCGGCCAGAGGCUCAUCGUGCGCGUCAUGGUGCACCCGGCGCCUGGAGCCCCGGCCCCCGCGCCGUCGGCCGCGGCGGCGGCGACCUCGCAUCCUGGCGCCUCUGCCUCCGGCCCCGGCGCGUCGUCCGGAGCCGCCGCGGUUGCCGCCGGCGGCGCCGGCGCCGCCGUCGCCGCGGCGGCGAUGGGUGUUCUCGCCGGCCUCGUCCUGCUGCUUCAGUGAUCAGUUCGCUUGCAAGUAGUUCAUUGGCUAAUCUUCAUUUAGGCUGCUUGGUUUGAUGUUUAUCUGUCGUUAGUAACAACUUGAUUAAUUAGAUUGUGUCCAGCAUUUAAGUAGGUAUUAUUACUGCUUAAUCAUGCCGUGUAAGACAAAUAUAAUUGUUUGCAUUGUGUAUUCCUUUCGCUGGUUGCCUCUUUGAUCCUCUCCAAGGGAAGGGAUACAGAGGAUGCGUGUUUUAGCAGUAUCUAAUUCUAAUGUUAUUUGUUCAAGUUGGUUUGAUACAUUCGUCAUAAAUGGAUCAAUCUACGUGAUUUGAACU